AGGCAGCAGCAGCAGCAGCAGCAGCAGCAGCAGCAGUGGAUUUACACAGUGUAGGUUAAUUGGGCAGGUGAACAGGUGAACAGGUGAGACGCAACCUGAGAAGGAGGAGACAGACUGCAGGAAAACUCGAUCCUCGCUCGUCUGUCAACGCGUCCAGACCUGAGCAUAAAAGACUGAGCAGCUGAGUCUUAUCGUCAUCAUCAUCGUCGUCAUCUUCACCUGCUGCUGCCGCUGCUCUGGACUUGAACUUGAACUGAGAGGAGACAACAUCAGUGCAGCACCAACAUGUCGCUCACCUCCAUCCUCUCAGCUGAGGACAUUGAAAAUGCCAUAAAGGAAUGUCAAGCUCCAGACUCGUUCUGCCACAAGAAGUUCUUCCAGCUGUGUGGACUCUCCUCAAAGACGGCCCAGGAGAUCAAAGAUGUCUUCCAGAUCCUUGACGUGGACAACAGUGGCUACAUCGAGGAGUCUGAGCUCAAGUACUUCCUGCAGCGGUUUGUCCCCGGGGCUCGGACACUGACCGAGGCAGAAACUAAGAAACUCGUCUCAGCAGCUGAUGAUAACAGUGAUGGCAAAAUUGGAGCAGAGGAAUUCCAGGCUAUGGUCCUGUCCUGAGUUUUUCCAGCGAUUCCUGUCUCCAGGUCUUCAGUCGCUUCCUUGUCUCUGGAGUCCCUGAUUCUGAUUCCCUGGAGGCAAUUUCUACUCAAUUCUGUGUGUAAAUUCAAAGACAACAGACUUUUAACCUGUUUUUUUCCAAAGUGUUGGUCUGUGUUUUCUUGUCUGUGCACUUCCCACCUCUGACAAUGAAUGAGAUGAAUAAACACAUGGAAAUAUA